CUGGCUAGCAUACUUUCUUUGCUGCAUAUUCUUAGUUUAGUCCGGCGAUAAUGUUUCUUUCAAAUUUUUUAUAUUUUACAUAUAUUUUUUGUAAUAUAUUUAUUGCAACAGCAACAGAAUGUAACAAAGGCGACACAUACCCCUUCACCAAAAUUGGCAAAAAAUAUUACUAUGUAACUGUAGGUCAGAAGAUGAAUUGGUUUGAGGCUGUACACUUUUGUCGUUCAUAUAACAGCGAUUUGGCCAUGAUCGAAUCGAGAUCGGAAAUGCAAGCUUUAAACUGGUAUUUAAUGGAAAAUGACUACGACAGCUACUACUUUUGGUCUAGUUAUCACGAUCAGGCAACAGAGGGUAAAUUUGUGGCGAUCAGCACCGGUCGCUUAAUGGCCUAUCAAAACUGGAAUUUUGGUGAACCGAAUAAUGAUUCGAAUGAAGACUGUGUAGACUUGAAGGCAACUAGAUCUGGAAUGCGUAUGAAUGACAAUAAAUGUAAUGCACAGUUAUAUCCGAUAUGUGAACUGCGUAAUCCGCCAAAAUCGCAAGACGACUGUGACACUAUACCAACAAAAUGUGUUAUUCGAAAGAUGAUGGAGGGUUACCGACAAUCUACGAACAUUUUUCAUUGCAAAGAGUAG